GGCGUCGAGAAAUGGCCGGCUAGCAUGAUGCCACAGUCUUUUGUGGAACGUGAACUCGAACGAACGGUCGACCGGGGAGUAACGUUUUGUCGGAGUUUUUGCGCGAGCGUGUGUCUGUAUUUCUGUGUAUGCGUGUACGUUGUUUUGGCUACGGUUUAUACGUGCGCCCACUCACACCCCCGCAAACCGGUCCAAUCGGUGGUGGUUCCGUGUGCUUCAGACGCCCGCGUGUGUGUGUGUACUUUGGUAUGCGUGCAGAUUCUUCUUCUGCGCAAAAAGAGUGAAUAAUAGUAUGCAAAAGCGAUCAAUCGACCAAUCCGCCAAUUAAUUAACAAUAAAAAGAGCAGAGCAAAUCAAGUGCAAUAGCAGCAGCAGCAGGAGCAGCAGGCGUCUCUGUUGUCUGUUUUUUGUGUGUGUGUGUGUGUGAGGCAGAUCUUGGACAGAGUCGCCACCCCCGUGGAUUAGUGGCACCCUGUUACCAAUUUUGCUGCACCACUCUCACUGUGUUGUGUGUGUGUGUGAAUAAACAAUCAAUUCUACAACAAUUUCAACAAUAAACGAUCAGUCCGAUACGCGUCCACCACACAGGGAAGGAGACCACUCGCUGAGCGGAAAUAUGGCCAAUACUAUGGACAUGCCCAACGAACGGCUCAAAUGGCUAAUGCUGUACGCAGCUGUUGCCCUCGUCGCUUGUGGCAGUCAGACUUUGGCUGCCAAUCCACCAGAUGCCGACCAGAAGGGACCCGUCUUCCUCAAAGAGCCCACCAACCGCAUUGACUUCUCCAACUCCACCGGCGCCGAGAUCGAGUGCAAGGCCAGCGGCAACCCCAUGCCCGAGAUUAUCUGGAUACGCAGCGAUGGCACUGCCGUGGGCGAUGUUCCCGGACUGCGCCAGAUCUCAUCCGACGGCAAGCUGGUCUUCCCGCCCUUCCGUGCUGAGGACUACCGCCAGGAGGUGCACGCCCAGGUCUACGCCUGCCUGGCCCGCAAUCAGUUCGGAUCCAUUAUAUCGCGGGAUGUCCAUGUGCGAGCCGUGGUGCCACAGUCCUACACCGUCAAUGUCAUGGACGAGUCCAUUCUGCGCGGCAAUAGCGCCAUAAUGAAGUGCCACAUACCCAGCUUCGUGGCCGAUUUCAUAGUCGUCGACUCGUGGGUGGAGGACGAGGAGCGUGAUAUAUAUCCGCAAGAAGAUAUCACAGCCAGCGAUGGCAAAUAUCUGGUACUGCCCUCUGGAGAACUGCAUAUCCGCGAAGUGGGACCCGAGGAUGGCUACAAGAGCUACCAGUGCCGCACCAAGCAUCGUCUGACUGGAGAGACACGACUGAGUGCCACCAAGGGUCGCCUGGUCAUCACAGAACCCAUUGGAUCUGUUCCGCCCAAGAUCACGAGUCUGCACGACAAGUUCCAGGUGCUGCAGGUGAAAUCGGCCGAGGAUUACUCCAUGCAAUGUCCUGGCCAGGCCUAUCCUGUGCCGAUAGUUAGAUGGUACAAAUUCAUCGAGGGCACAACCCGUAAACAGGCCGUGGUGCUGAACGAUCGCGUGAAGCAGGUCUCUGGGACUCUCAUCAUCAAGGAUGCCGUCGUCGAGGACUCUGGGAAAUAUCUGUGCGUCGUCAACAACUCGGUGGGUGGCGAAAGCGUUGAGACCGUCCUAACCGUUACGGCCCCCCUGUCAGCGAAGAUCGAUCCACCCACACAGACCGUGGACUUUGGCAGACCGGCCGUGUUCACCUGCCAGUACACGGGUAAUCCCAUCAAGACUGUCAGCUGGAUGAAGGACGGCAAGGCCAUGGGACACAGCGAGCCCGUGCUGCGCAUCGAGUCGGUCAAGAAGGAGGACAAGGGCAUGUACCAGUGCUUUGUGCGCAACGACCAGGAGUCGGCCGAGGCCAGUGCAGAGCUGAAGCUCGGAGGCCGCUUCGAUCCCCCCGUCAUCCGGCAGGCCUUCCAGGAAGAGACCAUGGAACCGGGCCCCAGUGUGUUCCUCAAGUGUGUUGCCGGCGGCAAUCCCACGCCCGAAAUCUCCUGGGAGCUGGAUGGCAAGAAGAUCGCCAACAACGACCGCUACCAGGUCGGCCAGUACGUCACCGUCAACGGGGACGUGGUCUCCUAUCUGAACAUCACAUCGGUGCAUGCCAACGACGGCGGUCUCUACAAGUGCAUUGCCAAGAGCAAGGUGGGCGAGGCGGAGCACUCGGCCAAGCUGAAUGUCUACGGCCUGCCCUACAUCCGUCAGAUGGAGAAGAAGGCGAUCGUCGCGGGCGAGACCUUGAUUGUCACCUGUCCCGUUGCUGGCUAUCCCAUCGAUUCGAUUGUCUGGGAGCGUGACAACCGCGCCCUGCCCAUUAACCGCAAGCAGAAGGUCUUCCCCAAUGGAACGCUGAUCAUCGAGAACGUGGAACGCAACUCGGACCAGGCCACCUACACGUGCGUGGCCAAGAACCAGGAGGGUUACUCCGCGCGCGGCUCCCUGGAAGUCCAAGUCAUGGUCCCACCACAGAUAGUGCCCUUUGACUUUGGGGAGGAGACCAUCAACAUGAACGACAUGGUCUCGGCCACCUGCACGGUCAACAAGGGCGAUACGCCUCUAGAGCUGCACUGGACAACGGCCCCGGAUCCCACGACCGGUGUGGGCCGGCUGAUGUCCAACGAUGGCAUCCUGAUCACCAAGACCACGCAGCGGAUCAGCAUGCUCAGCAUCGAGUCGGUGCAUGCCCGGCAUCGGGCCAACUACACCUGCGUGGCACGGAAUGCGGCCGGGGUCAUCUACCACACGGCAGAGCUGCGUGUCAACGUGCCACCAAGAUGGAUUCUUGAGCCCACCGACAAGGCCUUCGCCCAGGGAUCCGACGCCAAGGUGGAAUGCAAAGCCGAUGGAUUCCCCAAGCCCCAAGUAACCUGGAAGAAAGCAGUUGGCGACACACCCGGAGAGUACAAGGAUCUGAAGAAGAGCGACAACAUUCGGGUGGAGGAGGGAACCCUACACGUGGACAACAUCCAGAAGACCAACGAGGGCUACUAUCUGUGCGAGGCCAUCAACGGCAUCGGCUCAGGUCUCUCCGCCGUGAUCAUGAUCAGCGUGCAGGCCCCACCAGAGUUCACGGAGAAGCUGCGCAACCAGACCGCCCGACGAGGCGAACCCGCCGUCCUGCAGUGCGAGGCCAAGGGCGAGAAGCCGAUCGGCAUCUUGUGGAACAUGAACAACAUGCGCCUGGACCCCAAGAACGACAACCGCUAUACGAUCCGUGAGGAGAUCCUCUCCACCGGCGUCAUGUCCAGCCUCUCCAUCAAGCGCACCGAACGCUCCGACUCUGCUCUGUUCACUUGUGUGGCCACCAAUGCCUUUGGAUCCGACGAUGCCAGCAUCAACAUGAUUGUCCAAGAGGUGCCCGAGAUGCCCUACGCCCUGAAGGUCCUCGACAAGUCCGGCAGAUCCGUGCAGCUGAGCUGGGCCCAGCCCUACGACGGAAACUCUCCCCUCAACCGCUACAUCAUCGAGUUCAAGCGCUCCCGCGCCUCCUGGAGCGAGAUCGAUCGCGUCAUGGUCCCCGGCCACACCACCGAAGCCCAGGUUCAGAAACUCAGCCCCGCCACCACCUACAACAUCCGCAUUGUGGCCGAGAACGUGAUUGGCACCUCGCAAUCAUCGGAGGCCGUCACCAUCAUCACCGCCGAGGAAGCUCCGUCUGGCAAGCCGCAAAACAUCAAAGUGGAGCCCGUGAACCAGACCACCAUGCGCGUCACCUGGAAGCCCCCACCACGCACCGAAUGGAACGGCGAGAUCCUGGGCUACUAUGUCGGGUACAAGCUAUCCAACACCAAUUCUUCGUAUGUCUUCGAGACCAUUAACUUUAUCACCGAGGAAGGCAAGGAGCACAUCCUGGACCUGCAGAACCUGCGCGUCUACACCCAGUACUCGGUGGUCAUCCAGGCAUUCAACAAGAUCGGAGCAGGACCUUUGAGCGAAGAGGAGAAGCAGUUCACAGCCGAAGGCACACCGAGCCAGCCGCCCAGCGACACCUCCUGCACCACUCUCACCUCCCAGACCAUACGCGUUAGUUGGGUAAGCCCCCCCCUGGAGUCGGCCAAUGGCGUGAUCAAGACCUACAAGGUUGUAUAUGCCCCCAGCGAUGAGUGGUACGAUGAGACCAAGCGACACUACAAGAAGACCGCCUCCUCCGACACCGUUCUGCAUGGCCUGAAGAAGUACACCAACUACACGAUGCAGGUGCUGGCCACCACAGCCGGAGGCGAUGGCGUUCGCAGCGCCCCCAUUCACUGCCAAACUGAACCAGAUGUUCCCGAAGCACCCACCGAUGUGAAGGCUCUGGUGAUGGGCAACGCUGCCAUCCUCGUCUCGUGGCGUCAACCGGCGCAGCCCAACGGCAUCAUCACCCAGUACACAGUCUACUUAAAGGCCGAGGGCGCCGAGACUGAGACGAAGACCCAGAAGGUGCCCCACUACCAAAUGAGCUUCGAGGCCAGCGAGCUGGAGAAGAACAAACCGUACGAGUUCUGGGUCACGGCCAGCACCACCAUCGGCGAGGGUCAGCAGUCCAAGAGCAUUGUGGCCAUGCCCAGCGACCAGGUGCCCGCCAAGAUUGCCUCCUUCGACGACACGUUCACCGCCACCUUCAAGGAAGACGCCAAGAUGCCCUGCCUGGCUGUCGGCGCCCCCCAGCCCGAGAUAACCUGGAAGAUCAAGGGCGUCGACUUCAGUGCCAACGAUCGCAUGCGCCUCCUGCCCGACGGUUCCCUGCUGAUUAAGUCCGUGAACCGUCAGGAUGCCGGAGACUACUCCUGCCAUGCCGAGAACUCCAUUGCCAAGGACUCCAUCACCCACAAGCUGAUUGUGCUGGCACCGCCCCAGUCACCCCAUGUCACCCUCUCGGCCACCACCACCGAUGCCCUGACCGUCAAGCUGAAGCCUCAUGAAGGAGACACCGCUCCCUUGCAUGGCUACACCUUGCACUACAAGCCAGAAUUCGGCGAAUGGGAAACUGCUGAGGUGUCUGUGGACUCGCAGAAGCACAACAUUGAGAGUCUGCUCUGCGGAUCCCGCUACCAGGUCUACGCCACAGGAUUCAACAACAUUGGUGCCGGCGAGGCGUCCGACAUUCUGAACACCCGCACCAAGGGCCAAAAGCCCAAGCUGCCAGAGAAGCCGCGCUUCAUUGAGGUCUCGUCCAACUCCGUCUCGCUGCACUUCAAGGCCUGGAAAGAUGGCGGCUGCCCCAUGUCUCACUUCGUGGUUGAGAGCAAGAAACGCGAUCAAAUCGAAUGGAACCAGAUCUCGAACAACGUCAAGCCCGACAACAACUACGUGGUGCUCGACUUGGAGCCCGCCACCUGGUACAACCUCCGCAUCACUGCCCACAACUCUGCCGGCUUCACCGUGGCCGAAUACGACUUUGCCACUCUGACCGUGACCGGAGUCACCAUUGCCCCCCUGGACGAUGGCCUCGGCCAUGGCAAUGUCCACACCCGCAUCCGCCUGCCCGCCUGGAUGCCCGAGUGGCUGGACCUCAACUUCAUGGUGCCGCUGAUAGCCACCGUCGUUGUGGUUGCGGUCGGCAUCUGUGUGGUGUGCGUGGCCCUGUCCCGACGACGAGCCGACGACCUGCGCGGCGGCCAGAAGGAUGUCUAUUACGAUGUAGUUUACAAUCAGACAAUGGGACCCGGCGCCACCCUGGACAAGCGCCGCCCGGACCUGCGCGACGAGCUCGGCUACAUAGCGCCCCCCAACCGGAAGCUGCCCCCCGUGCCCGGCUCCAACUACAACACCUGCGACCGGAUUAAGCGAGGUACAGUCAUAAGCCACCGCGGUGGCUUGCGCUCGAACCACUCCACGUGGGAUCCGCGUCGCCCCAACCUGUACGAGGAGCUGAAGGCCCCGCCAGUGCCCCUGCACGGCAAUCAAUAUGGUCAUACCCACGGCAACGCUGAGUGCCACUACAGGCAUCCAGGCAUGGAAGAUGAAAUCUGCCCCUAUGCCACCUUCCACCUGCUCGGAUUCCGCGAAGAAAUGGAUCCCACCAAGGCCAUGAACUUCCAGACCUUCCCGCACCAGAACGGACACACUGGCCCCGUGCCCGGUCAUGCCGGCACCAUGCUGCCACCCGGACACCCAGGACAUGUGCACUCGCGAUCGGGAUCUCAGUCAAUGCCUCGCGCCAAUCGCUACCAACGCAAGAACAGCCAGGGCGGACAGUCGUCGAUCUACACUCCAGCUCCUGAAUACGACGAUCCAGCCAACUGUGCCGAGGAGGAUCAAUAUCGUCGCUACACUCGCGUCAACUCUCAGGGCGGCAGCCUGUACUCUGGACCCGGACCCGAAUACGAUGAUCCAGCCAACUGUGCCCCCGAGGAGGAUCAGUAUGGCUCCCAGUACGGCGGCCCGUAUGGACAGCCCUACGAUCAUUACGGCUCUCGUGGAUCCAUGGGACGCCGCAGCGUCGGCUCUGCUCGCAAUCCUGGAAAUGGCUCGCCCGAGCCUCCACCACCGCCACCACGCAACCAUGACAUGAGCAACUCCUCAUUCAACGACUCCAAGGAGAGCAACGAGAUCUCAGAGGCUGAGUGCGACCGCGAUCACGGACCACGCGGCAACUAUGGCGAAGACACCAAUGAGGCUGUGAAGCGAUCCCCCCAACCGAAAGAUCAGCGCACCACCGAAGAGAUGCGUAAACUGAUUGAAAGUCGUCGACAGUUAAACGAAGCCGGCCCAAAACAACUCCAACUCCAACAACAAGCAAAUGGCGCAGGAUUCACAGCCUACGAUACUAUGGCAGUGUAAUUUGUAAGCGACUCCCGCCAGCAGCGAUGGGCGUGGCAUUGUAGCUUAGUGGUUUUAGGUGCAUGAAGUGCGUGGGAGUUGAAUGACCAUCGGACCCAACACAACACAACAGAACACAACACACAGACAGAUACAUACAUAAACGCAUCAUCAGCAUUUCACAAUGAAAUCUAAGAAAUCGGAGAGAAAGUGAAUUAUACAGCGCAUAUAGAGUGUGCACGCAUACAAUUAUUCAACUACUCGUAUUUCAAGUAUUUAUAACGUAAAGAAAGUAAAUUUCAACAGCAUAUUUAUAGUGUCUAUGCCGUAAACCGUAAACCGUAAACCAAACAUACAUAAAGAUUACAUAUAUACGUCAUACAUAUAUAAAUACCUACUCUAAGUGUCUGCCGCAAAGGAAAGUACUACCAAUUAUACGAGAAGGCGUCGAGGAAGAAACUAAUAAUGAAUCGAGAAAAACAUACUUACAUAUUCGCAUAUGAAUAUUUGGAACGGAACUAAUUUUUAAUAUUGUAUUUUAGUUUUAAGCGAGACCUACCAAAAUAUCAGCGAAAAGCAUCCUUGUGUGUACCGAGGAGGUGCACGUCGCACGCCACUCCUCUGCCAUCUACGCCAAGAGCAGACAACUCAUCCUUUGCCUAGCCUAAGUCAGAGUCAUAAUAUUAAAUAUAUUUAGUCAUAUACGGAUUGUAUAAUUUCUCCUAUACGUUUGGUAAUUUGAAUGAACAGCGCACAGUUUUGUUUUUUUUUAUUUGUGUUGCGUUUUGCGUUGACUUGUGAUGAUUUUUAAUUUGUAGAAUUGUGUCAGUCAGUAGUUGUAUUCGUGUUCGUUUUCUUUUAAUCAUUAUUUAUACACACAGACAUGUACACACAUGCAUUUGUACAUGUGUUAUUUUAACAUAGUUUUAUUUUGAUUCUAAAAUGCGCUUCCAAUAGAACAAAACGAAAACUGUUCAAUGCACAAAAUGCAGCCACAACAUUUUAAAUUGUAUAAUACAAGAUCCCCAGGACGCCCACAUAGACCGACCGACACCCACACUCAUGCACUCUCGCACGAUUUAUUUAGACCAAGAACGAUAUGAUAUAUACAGUUUUGCACAUCGGUUAUACGCAUUUGAAGCUUUAAGAGAAAUUGAAAUUGUUUAUGUCUGGCCAUUUCAAUUUCAUUUUCAUUCGCUCUACCCUAAGUUUCCUAGCUCGUAAGUUUUUAAAUAUAUGAUUUUAUUAUACAUUUUAAUUUGUAUUCUUUUAUUUAUUUGUUGCUUGGUUUUCCGCCACUUUUGCCCUGCAAAUCCGUGGAGCUACCCUCAAAACCACAAAGACUGAACUAUGCAAAUUCAACACGAACCGAAACCAAAACCGGCGCAAUCCAAGUACUAGAAUAGCCGACACGAGAGUGCUGAACAGCCCCAGCACUUUGCUCACUGCGAAGUAAUAAGAUCCGGAGUGGAUUUUAAUACGAAUAUACCCAGACUCUGUGCACAUCACGAACUGCAUUUAUCUAAAUCGGGGAAAACGGGGAAACGACGGAAACAGUUAUAGAAAAUUUACAUUCUACUUUUAAGUUCGCUUCAUUUCAUUCGCUUUUAGUUCCCUCUCAAGCUAACCACACUCUAUAUCCACUCUUACCCAGACUACUCUAGCAAUUUUAUAUAAAUAUACGAGUAUAUACAAAUACAUAUAUAUAUAAAUGUAGCGUUGUGAGAAAACAAAACCAAACAAACAAAGAGAAGAGAAUAAAUCUUGCUUGUGUAUUAUGAGAUCUUCAGAUAGAAUGUAUAACAAAUUUUCAUGGUAAACGAACUACAAAUAUUAAGUAGUGUUUAGUGGAAAACAAAAACAAAAGCAUUUAAUCGGUACAACAAAAAUGAUAAGGAAUCACAUACAAAUUUUCGAGUAAUUCAAA